AUGUCUUUAAGCGGAGAUAAAAUUGACAUAAACUGCGGCGCGUAUGACAUGAGGAUCAACAACGAGCUGAUCCACGGCAUGACAUCUCUUCACGUGUCGGCCGCCAUCGACGCCGUGGAGACCGUCGACCGAUGCGUGCAAUUGGGCGCUGACCUCAACGCCCGCACCGCUGCGACCAAACGCUUGAUUGAGUUGAAGGCAGACGUGGAGGCCGUCGACCACUACAACCGCCGACCCAUUGAAGUACCCCGAUGUGAGUGCAAGUAUGAGAGCAGAAACACGUCGACCAUCCGCUUCGUUGUCAUCUUCAUCAUCGGAAUCAUCUCUUUUCUCGUCGUUUAUAUGGCUUUCCUCUCACUCCUCGACCCUCUCAUCCAUAAACACGCUGUGGCGACCCGUAAUUAUGAGCAACACGUGGACGAAGAGGUCUCUAUGGAUGAACAGGUGGUGUCGGACACGGAUGGCAUCACACGAAGACGCGCCACAACUCCUGUUAUAAGUCCGACCACUUCUGGAGGACCGCCGCCUAAGAAUAUGCUGAACCGAGUCGGACAACAACAGACCAAAUGGAAGAAGCAGGUGAUUGAACAGCGCAAGAAUAUAUACGACAAACACACCAUGCUCAAUUAAUACAUACAUUAACACUGUAUGUGUUGAUUGUUUUAUUGCUGUCUUUAUAACUUUUAUUAUUUCUAUUAUAGCUAUUAUUUUACAAAAUAUACAUUUAUAUACUGUAUAAUAGAAAUUAUUUAUUGAUUAUUAUUUAUUAAUAUACUCUAA